CAAUUCCGUUGUUUCCAAUCAUUAUGCUGCCAACAGUUUCGUUUAGUUUCAGCAUGAACCAAUGCAUGGAAAUGCAACUUUCCGCCGUUUUCCUUUAUUUUUUUAAUUUGUAUUGUUAAGCGGAUUUUUGUUUUGUUAUCUUUUUAUUCAGUGUGUUGGUUGCGAGUGGGAUAAUUGAAUUGAUUGAGAGAGCGCUGUGAGGUGAAAGAAAAAGGAAGAAAAAUGAGUAGGCUAUCGUUUAGGCCACGCCCAUUGGACAUACACAAGAAGCUACCGAUUGUUAAGUCAGUGAAAGACUUCGAAGACGAUGACACUCCUACUUCCGCUACUCGUAACUCUCAAAUGCUGCGUCUUGCUGCUGUUGAGGUCGAAACGGAGGUACAACCAAUCGCAACCAAGAAACCGGGUUCUGAAAUACCUACACCUCAGUUUGUUGUUGUCGAUACAUAUGAAAGAGAUUAUUCUCGCACGUUCUUUCAAUCCACAUCCUAUUUACGAGCAAGGGGAGCCCGGGGUGAGAUUGGAGAGUUUGUUGAGUAUGAUCUUGAUAACGAGGAUGAAGAUUGGCUUCAAGACUACAACAAAUAAGAAGAUUCUUGCACCUGAAAAGGUGGAGAGUCUUCUUUUUAAGUUGGAGGUGUUGGAUCAUAAAUCUCGUGAAAGAGCAGGAGUUAUAACACCUACACUUGUUUCACCAAUUGUGCUGUUGACAAUGGAUGCUGCUAUGAG